CACCUGCAGGGAGAUCCCUGCGUGACCAACACACAAAAUACUGCCACGGCUGCAAAGCAUUCCCGAGCUUUGCUGUUCAAUAGGCAUGUGAGGGCCGCUCCGAAAGUAACGCCUCCUAUUUUAUUAUGUUGUCCUGUGACGUCAGAGGCAGAUGUUUGUGGCAUGGCAGUAGUGGUUGGGCCUUCCUGCCUAUGUACCAGUCUAUUCUGUUGCCGUGCGACUUAUGGCUGCAGGGGGCAGUCUGACAAAAUAACGUCUGAUGUGGAAGUGUGGAUGGGGCAAAGUGAAAAUGCCAUAUAUUAAGAAGACAGCUGGAAAAAAGGCCCCUGCAAAGAGGAAACUUGCUGAAGUGUUUGCUCUGGGGGAGGUUCUAACAGACACAUCAAGAAAAGAAUGGAAAUUAGGUGUUCCUAUAGGGCAAGGGGGCUUUGGACGCCUAUACCUUGCUGAUGUUAAUUCUUCAAAGUCGGUUGGCAGUGAUGCACCUUAUGUUGUGAAAGUGGAACCCAGCCAGAAUGGACCUCUUUUUACUGAGUUAAAGUUCUACAUGCGAGCUGCUAAGCCAGAUGAAAUUCAGAAGUGGACUAAGUCCCAUAAACUGAAAUAUUUAGGUGUACCAAGAUAUUGGGGUUCUGGCUUGCAUGAAAAAAGUGGAAACAGCUAUCGGUUUAUGAUAAUGGAUCGUUUUGGCAGAGAUCUUCAGAAGGUGUAUGAAGAGAAUGCAAAGCGAUUUGCUCAUAAAACUGUACUUCAAUUAGGCCUGAGAAUACUUGAUAUCCUGGAAUACAUCCAUGAGCAUGAAUAUGUGCAUGGAGACAUCAAGGCCUCAAACCUUCUUCAGAGUUACAAGAACCCUAAUCAGGUGUAUUUGGUGGAUUAUGGGCUUGCCUACCGAUACUGUCCUGAAGGAGUUCACAAAGCAUAUAAGGAAGAUCCUAAAAGGUGUCAUGAUGGAACUAUUGAAUAUACCAGUAUAGAUGCACACAAGGGUGUGGCAACUCUUACAGAUUUUUUUUCAUCUAUGUAUAUUUAUUUAGCACCAUCGAGACGUGGGGAUCUGGAGAUCUUAGGUUACUGUAUGGUUCAUUGGCUUAGUGGCCAUCUACCGUGGGAGGAUAAUUUGAAAGAUCCAAACUUUGUCAGGGACUCAAAAAUCAGAUGUAGAGAUAACAUUUCUGAGUUGAUGGAAAAAUGCUUUCCUGGGAAAAAUAAACCAGAUGAAAUAAGGAAAUAUAUGGAAAAGGUGAAGCAACUGAGCUAUGAAGAGAAACCUGUGUAUCCACAUUUCCGAGAAAUACUUCUGCAAGGUCUCAAGUCCAUUGGACAAAAAGAUGAUGGAGUACUUGACUUUGGCUUGUCAGAAAACGGAGACGUGCAAACGAACCCUGUACAAAAGAUGGCAGCAGAGGGGCAGUCUGACAUAAUGGCGUCUGACAUGGAAGCACGUAUGAAGCAACGGUGCAUAAUUGAAUUCCUCCAUGCGGAAAAAAUUGCACCUAUUGACAUUCAUCGACGUUUGCUGAACGUUUAUGGAGAUCAAACAGUGGAUGUGAGCACAGUGAGGCGGUGGGUGGUGCGUUUCAGCAGUGGCGACAAUGACCUGAAAGACAAGCCACGUUCCGGACGGCCAUGCACAGCUGUCACACCAAGAAAUGAAGAGCGUCUUAAUCAGCUCAUCCAGUCAAAUCUGGGGAUUACAACCAGGGAACUGUGUACAGAGCUGAAUAUUGGCUUCAAUGCAUUGGAAACGAUGAAAAAAAGAAAGGCAGCAGCUGCAGCCAAUGAGAGCAGUGAAGCAGAAAUGGAAGAUGCAGGAAGUCCAGAAAAAAAGAAGCCUGCUUCUUCCAAAGCGGUAGCUACCAGAACACGAAAAGUGACAUCACCAAAAACCAAGAAAAGCGCAGCAACCAGGAAGAGAGUUCAGAAGUAAAUAAUGAAUGGAGCAAAAACUUAAGUUGCUCUUCAGCUCAUCUCUGUUUUGUUUUUUUUUUUUUUCAGUUACUGUAGCACUGGAAUCUAUUUCAUUCCCUUUUUUACAUAAUAAUUCCUGUAAAAAAAACCAAAAAAACAACUUGGACUGCUGUUUGUACUGGUUCUUUGAAGAAUAAAUGUUUUAGUAAAAUAUUUGCAUAAGUUAUGUCUGCUGUAAUACUAAUGCAAAAUUUUGCCAACUUUGAAGUGAGGGUGCAUUUUUAUUUUUAAGGUGAAUUUGUGUAUAUAAAUGCAAACUAAAAGAGACUGAUUUUUUUUUCUGCUUUAUAAUGUAGUUUUGUUAUGGUUCUUUAAGGAGCAAUAGUGUGGCAUCUGAUUUCUUAUAAUUUUGAAUAAAUUUGAAAGAGUUCACUUAGAUGUACACUGAGAUGAUUUAAGUCAGGUGUCUGAAAUAAUAAAAGUUUUAAAUAUUUCUCAAGUAUUUUAACUGAGAUAACAAAAUAGUAAAAAGCACCUUUCUAUUCUAGUUUGUUAUAAAAUGCGUUUAAACAGUUCUUUUUAGGAUAGGUACUGAAUUUGAGUGUGACCUCCUCUUUUUUUUUUAAUAGUAUUUGUUUCUGUAUCAUUUUCUUAUAUUCAGAGUUCUUCUGGAGAAAAGAAACCAGAAUUUCAGGCAUAAGGCCCAGAGUUUUAAAUAAAAAAAAAAACAGAAAAGGGGGUGGAGGAAGGGAGGGAGGGGAAGAAGAACAAUAGCAAUCCUCAAUUCACUCCUCAGGGUUUUGUUUUAUAUCAGUGAAGAGCCUGGAGAAGUUAAUAAAUGUGAAUUAUAACUUUUUAAGGUAUCUAGUUCCAGUGAAAGCUUGACUCACGUGCACUUCUCAUAACAACAUAAUGGUUUUCCUUUUUUAAUAGUUAAGCUCCCAAAAUCUCCUUAUAAAAUCACUUCUUUGUUUGGCUUUGAGUCUUCUCUUUAGUGUUGUAAGUUUAAAAGAAAACAGCAGCAACAACAACAACAAAAAAAAAGGCGCUAUUUAAUUUCCGUGUAAAAUACCUCUACUUUUUGUUUACAUACCACAAAAACACAUAUAACUGGGGCAUGAACUUAAUUUCUAUUAGAGAGAGUGCGCUGUGAAGUUCGACAAACCAGAAGGAAUCCAUUUGAGCCAAUGGGUAGUGUUUCUGUGUGGAUGUCCAGUGUACUGCUUGCUUGAUAGUAUAAUGUUUGAGUAGCUACACACUGAAAAAAAAAAUGCUCUAGCAUAAAAUGCUGAAUGAAUGAUGAGGUAAUGUUUUGAAAGCAAGGGGAGAUUUGUUUUCAAAUAAAACUGGAAACUCACAUUUAAAAGGUCUAGUGCCUUGUUGUUUUUGUUUAGACUGCUAUAUGGGCUCAUUUUCUUAGGUAUUAUCGAAGUGUGGCUGAAGGCUCUUAUGUGUAGCAUUCUAUUUCAGAAACAAAAAUAGGAUUGCUGAACUCCCUCAUGUGAAUCUCCUCAAAUCAAGUUAUUAUUUUAAUGAACUCAUUUAAUAUUUUUUUUCAAGAAGCGUUAAGCUGUUUUGGAUAACUAUUGUCAAGAAAGCAUAUUUUAUUCUCUUGCAUACAUCAAUUUCUUUGUACUUCAGUUGUUUCAGAUUUUAUUAUUUUUUAGUGACUUAUUUACUGAUAAACUUGCUUUCUUUUCUUUCCAAGUUUUUAGGAGUGUGUUUUCUUUUGACAUUACCAAAACAAAUUGCAAUAAACAAAUUUCCUUUAUCUUUGAAAA